AGAAUCCAUUGGGGCCGAGUGGUGGACGUGCCUGUUUUUGGUGGAUUUUUUGAAGUAGACCAUUGUGUUGAAAUGUAUUUGUUCAAGAACCAUAAAUGUUGUUUGUGCUCAUAGCAUGAAGCAAAAAUGGUAUAAUUAGUCUAAACUCAUCACGAGGUUCCCCAUGGUGGGAACAAGGAUAUCCACCAUCGUAUUUGAGAGCCAUAUGCAGCCUUGGUUUUCUGACUUGCUUGCUAUACAUUUUCCUUAUCAAGAUUUGUGGGAAUUGGGUACAAUUCGUCUUGAAAGAAAUCCGUUGAUGCGUGAUUAAUGACCCCGUGUGAUCACGAUGAUGUUGUUUCCCAAGCAUUUCCACGUCUACCUCAUCUCACGAUGUUGGGUGUGUCUCUCACUCUAUUUUAGGACAGUCCGCGGACAAGACACUAACCCAUUAGAGGAGAAGGUCCUAAGUGCUAAGGAGAAGGUCCUCAAUAUUCUAUACGAAAAUAACCUCCUGGUGGAUAAUAGAAAUCGAAAGAAGAAUCAUGCAGGCUCUUCGGCCUCAUCUAGCAACGCUGUGGCGACAUUAAAAGACGUCUUCCACAAUCACAAGGAGAAGAAACGACGUCAGCGUAAGAAUAUCAAGAAUGGCCGUCUCUUGCAAAGUGAAAGCUGUAACUGGGACGCUUUCCUCCAGUCGGAUGAGUUGCUUGGAUGGCGCGCCUGUGUGCGAAACCACCCUCAGGCGACAAGAUGGGAACAGGCUCGUGCCUCUCAGAUCUGCAUUUGCGAACAAGACGUUGCUGCUGGCUUGGAACGUUUUGAUUGCUGCACCGACUCGGAUUUAGCCGACAUCUGCAACGAGAAUGAUUCCUGUGUCCCAGCUACGCGUGAUGCAAAUUGCGCGACUGCUACCGCGACACAAUGUAUCGAUACGUUGUGUCCGAGUCUCUGCUCGUCCAUUGAGCAAGCAUCGUUUGCUUGUUCGACGACCUGCUUGAACAGCUGGUCACCAUGUGGAGGCUAUCGGAAGUGUCCCUACACAGAGCUGAAAAAGUUCCCCUACACCUGCGAUGGCCCUCCCCGAACUUCCGAAGAUGUCGUCGCAUCAGACUCCGGUACUGGCGGUUCUGGCUUCCGCAAGCCGGACAUUGGAGGUUGCUGUGUGCGCACUGACGUGUCAUAUCCGAGUGCGGGGAAUCAGUGGUGUCCUAGGUUUUGUGACUCUUCGCAAGUCUGGUGGGUACAGGUGAUCGACGAAUACGAAUGUCUAUGUGGGGGUUGCCCACAAACUCUUAGCGACUUCGAAGCCGAGUGGAGGCAAGUGGUCCAAGGAAACCUGAACCAAAGGUUUGGACUCAGUGUGUCUAGAGAAGUGGGGGUGAAAGAUCGAUUGGAAGUGCUUCUGCAGUUUGCAACGAUUGAAGGGCCAGGUGGUUCAGAAAGAAGCAAAAACGCAACUGAAGCUGCGAGAACACAGAUGUACGCUUUGUACGAUUCGAUAGUUGGGAAAGUUUUAGAUGCACAGCCAUAUCGUGAAGCAGCUGUGGCCUCAGAUUCUGUCACGGCAAGUGGCAUCAGUGAAGCGUUUGUGACUGAAAAAGUGGAAGCCAUCGAAAAAGUAGGCACAGAUUUGUGGUCAACCUACUGUUGUGGCGCAGCACCGUCAGUGAGUGGCGCAUUUACAAAAAGUAAUACGGAAUGGAGCGAAAGUAGUGGCCACGGAACAACCUGUAGGUUGAAGUCAUUGAGCGCGGUCGUGGGAGGAUUAAGUGGUAGUGGUAGUAGUGAUGGAUGUGCGGUCCAACCGGUCACUACGGCUAGCCCGCCU